CUUUUCGCUGUUGCCGGGUAUCUACUUAUUGUGUGGCGAGUGAAUGCAUUGUCAUCACCGAAGAUGGAGUUGAAAAUGAUGGCGAAGCAUCAGUCUUGUUCGAAAACUCGUUCUGGGAUCUAUUCCCUCUUGUCCCUCUGCUUGCUGCUCUCACCGGUGCUGUUGCUUUGGAAGAGCAAGGGAAAUCGUGCUGCAGCUUCCGGGUCAGCACGAGGGCCACCUCGACCACGACUUUCAUCAUCGUGGGCGGCUGGACACAGUGGCAUUUCUGAAACGAACGAGGGCAGCACCAAUCCAUUCGUCACUGUUGGACGAGCAAGGCGAAAUCUAUCACCUGGUACAAGGGAUGUCCUUGCGGCCACGUCGGAGGUUCUUGAAGAUUCUAUCUCUUCCCCUUCCACCGCGCCGACGAGCAAGCUGUACCACCUAACGCCCGAGAGGUGCGACCACGAAUUUCAAAUUCUCACCGCGGAAGAAUGCGCCCGGGUCGCGAACUACGAACUUGGGUUGAGACGCAGAACCGUCGACCCGCACACGAAGUCUUUCCUCCUGACCGUGGAGCCCCUGGAAGAAACACCCCAGGAUUUGAUGAAGCACGCGGGGUGCUACUACGACCAACAAGCGUCGAAAUUGUACUUGCAAACCAAGACGGACGCACGGGACCGCAGCCGGAACUACAAAUCUUAUCUAGCGAUUUGCCUCGUCGACUACAGUUAUCUGCACGAGCACAAAAAUGUGCAAAAUAUCGCAUUAAUAUCUUCGGGAGCAGCUGCUGCGAACGCUGAGGGUGGUUCCGGAGGAGCUGCAGCGGCGGGCGGUGGAGAGAUAGCUCCCGGCGGAGCAGGUGGAGGACUACUCCAGCAGCGCGCAUCUAUGAGGGUCCACGGUGAGCAGACCUUGCACACGGAGUCGCACAUCCUGUCCCGGUCAUUUUACCCGCUCUAUUUCGUUCUCCUCGCUCUCUUCAUUUCCGCCUGCUGCCAGAUGCUGCAGGACGUUCUGCACAAAGUCCUGCCCUUCGACUUUCCGCACUCCGUCAUGUUGUACUGCGCGGGCUUGCUCCUGUCCCACUUUUCCUCCGUUUGCCCGGAUUACGAAAUUUCCGAAGCGGUUGAAGUGGCGCAGAACAUCGACCCAAAAGUGAUCUUCUGGAUUCUGCUCCCGGCGCUCCUCUAUGAGGACUCCGCGAAGACCAUUUGGCACGUGGGCAGGAGGGUUUUGCCGAACAGUUUGCUGCUGGCCUUACCCGGCGCGAUUUUGAACACAGUGCUGACCGGGG